AUCAAAUUGAAUAUGCAAUGGAAGCUGUUAAACAAGGUUCAGCCACAGUUGGUCUUAAGUCAAAAACCCAUGCAGUGUUGGUAGCUUUGAAAAGGGCACAGUCAGAGCUUGCAGCUCAUCAGAAAAAAAUUCUCCAUGUUGACAACCAUAUUGGUAUCUCAAUUGCGGGGCUUACUGCUGAUGCUAGACUGUUGUGUAAUUUUAUGCGCCAGGAGUGUUUGGAUUCCAGAUUUGUAUUUGACAGACCACUUCCUGUGUCUCGUCUUGUAUCUCUAAUCGGAAGCAAGACCCAGAUACCAACACAACGAUAUGGCCGGAGACCGUAUGGUGUUGGGCUGCUUAUUGCUGGUUAUGAUGAUAUGGGCCCUCACAUUUUCCAAACCUGUCCAUCUGCUAACUACUUCGACUGCCGAGCUAUGUCCAUUGGAGCCCGUUCCCAGUCAGCUCGUACUUACUUGGAGAGACAUAUGUCUGAAUUUAUGGAGUGCAAUUUAAAUGAACUGGUUAAACAUGGUCUGCGUGCCUUAAGAGAGACACUUCCUGCAGAGCAGGACCUAACUACAAAGAAUGUUUCCAUUGGAAUUGUUGGUAAAGACUUGGAGUUUACAAUCUAUGAUGAUGAUGAUGUGUCUCCAUUCCUGGAAGGUCUAGAAGAAAGACCACAG